UAGCAGAUUAUAUUCCAGGACAAACAUGUAAAUAUGAUGCCCUGAUAGACGAUGGAGAUAUGUAGAGAGCCAUGGAUUGAUUACAGAACAAAAGGACACUUUGGAUGACACAUGUGAGUCCACAACCCCUCCAAGAAGCCCAAAUAGGAUGAGACGAAAAACAACAUCAAAGUAAACGGAUGUGAUGUUUGAAAUUUUCUUUUUUGUCAUUCUGUAAUAUGAUCCUAUCUAACAAAUGAACCAGAGGGAAUAAUCCUCAUUAAAGCCUGAAAGAACAAAGAGCUUGUGCUUCCAGUCUCCAUUGGGCGCUCUUGCCGCUGUUGUAGCAGCUGUGCGGCAAUAGGCAGUCUGAACACUGUGUGGCGGCCUGGAUCUGGGUGGAGUUAAGUUUCUGUCACAAACACUGACAACUGGGAAACCUUCACAACAAACUAACAGGUGUCCGACUCCCCCUCCUUCAGUCCCACAGUCCGUCAUACUACCAGGGGGCUGCGUGUCUGCGCCGCAAACUCAACGCUCUUUACUUUAUCUGGCCUGAAAACUUCGGCGGAGUCACUUUUAUACAUUUCCACAAAUGAUGCACUCGGCACAGAAAGACACCACGUUCACCAAGAUCUUUGUGGGAGGCCUUCCUUAUCACACAACGGACGCAAGUCUGAGAAAGUAUUUCGAGGUCUUUGGAGACAUCGAAGAAGCUGUUGUUAUAACUGAUCGACAGACGGGGAAAUCCAGAGGUUAUGGAUUUGUGACCAUGGCCGACCGGGCUUCAGCUGACCGAGCCUGUAAGGACCCCAAUCCCAUUAUAGAUGGCAGGAAAGCCAAUGUGAACUUGGCCUACCUGGGGGCGAAACCCAGAGUCAUUCAGCCAGGAUUUGCAUUCGGUGUGCCUCAGAUCCAUCCGGCAUUCAUCCAAAGACCUUAUGGGAUCCCAGCCCACUAUGUCUAUCCUCAGGCCUUUGUCCAACCCAGUGUGGUGAUCCCUCAUGUACAACCAUCUGCUGCUACAGCAACAGCUGCUGCUGCAACCUCCCCAUACCUUGACUAUACUGGAGCAGCUUAUGCCCAGUACUCUGCUGCUGCCACGGCUGCUGCCGCUGCUGCUGCUUAUGAGCAGUAUCCAUAUGCAGCCUCACCAGCACCAACGAGCUACAUGACUACUGCAGGGUAUGGAUACACUGUCCAACAGCCACUCGCCACUGCUGCCACCCCAGGAGCUGCUGCUGCUGCUGCAGCCUUCAGCCAGUACCAGCCCCAGCAGCUCCAGACAGAUCGCAUGCAGUAAAAACCAUGAAGACUACCUUCAAAGUUGGAAAAAAAGGGAGGUUCCCUCCUCCAGUGAAGAGGGUGAAAUUAGGACAGACAGUAAAAGUUGUCAUCACAAGUUUAACUUUAUCAAUCCUUCUACCAAAGAGCCUGAAGAAAAUAUGGAGACAGAUGAGAAAUAACUGUAAAUUUUAUUCAAGUGACAACAGUAUUGGAUGUAUAUGAAUAUUUAAUAUUUAUUCAGCAUUAAAAUAUUUCCUGUUAACUGAAAUACACUCAUUAGACCUCAUGUGAACCAUUACUGAACUUUGGAUGUACAGUGGAAUUUGUAUGAAACUCCCAACUGCUUUCAUGUCUUAUGAUUGGGUUUCUUCCACUACAUUUUAAAAACCAACAAAAACACGUAGAUAAGAGCAGUGGGUUACAUCAUCAUCCAGUUUUUAGUAUUUAUAGUUUCGGACCACUACUUUCCUUGGUAAAGCUAUGCAUACGUUAAAAGGGAAGUCAGUAUUUUGUUGGGACUGCAUUUGAACUGAAGUAGAUUAGACACCCUGAAGAAGUUCCAUUUAAACUGUCUUUUCUUGAUGGUACAUAUGAAAAAUGAUAGCUGAAGCUGGUAAAAGCACUCACCUUUUCUUCCCUUUGCAUUACACCUCAAGAAAACUGAGCAAAAGGGAAGAAGCACUACUGAAUGUGAAUCUUUCAUUUUGAUAAAAAAUGUUUCAUAGAGUGCCUUUUAAAUUAUGCUAUUUAUGUAUUUAUUCUGGAGCCUUACAGCAAUAAACCCUUUAUUAUUAUUUCUUCCACUAUGGAUCUAUGAAGUCUGCUGUAGAACAUCUUCACAUGUGCUGCUGUGUUUCUCAUGUUCAAGAGCAUGUGAUGGUUAUUUAAGCACAGCUUAACAAAUUGCUGCAGUCUAUACAAAGAACAAAUAAGUGAAAUGUGGAAAGAAGUUCAAAGGUUUUUCUAUUUUCUGUAGUUUUAAUGUUGUUGUCUCUAAGAUUUGUAAUUCUUAAAUGUCGCUUUUUAUACUUGACCAGUUUGAUAAAGGACAGUGCAUAUGUAUACUGCAAUCUUUUAAUAUUUCUCACAUUUGUUGUCUUUUGACAUUAAAUGGUUGUAAUGCCAGGGCAUCGCCCUUUUUCACCUUGUAAUGCAUGACUCCAAAUAUUGUAAUUUGGGAAAUAAAAUUAAAAUUUACCUUC